CCCACGCUCCAUAUCGAAAUCCCACUUCCAUCGAUUUCAUCUUCUCUCCUUCUCUCUCUCUCUCUCUCUGGUUUCGUCGAUUCUCGCUCGGCUCUCUUCCCACCUCGCCGUCGCGCUCGGCGAUUCAGGCGCAAGGGCCCAAAGCCCACGUGUCGCGGCGCCCGAUUAGCUCGUCGCGCAGCUCCGAUUCGCCGGAUCCGGCGGCCGAGCUCGGCGUCCGAUCGAUUCUAGGGUUUCGUCCUUUCUUCCGUCUCGUCAAUGGCGCAAUCGGCGGGGAGGGGGAGGGUGGUCGGGGAUUACCUGGUGGGCAAGAAAAUCGGGUCGGGGUCGUUCUCCCUGGUGUGGCACGCGCGGCACCGGUCCCACGGGAUGGAGGUCGCGAUCAAGGAGAUCGCCACCGACAAGCUCAACAAGAAGCUGCAGGAGAGCCUCUUGUCCGAGAUAUACAUACUGAGGAACAUCGACCACCCGAACAUCGUUCGGCUGCACGAAAUCAUUGAGGCCCCUGGGAAAAUACAUCUUGUACUGGAAUACUGCAAAGGUGGUGACCUUUCCUCGUAUAUCAAUCGCCGCGGAAGAGUUCCUGAAGAGAUUGCUAAGCACUACAUGCAACAGCUAGCAAACGGUCUACAAGUUCUUCGUGACAAUAAUCUUAUACACCGGGAUCUGAAACCACAGAAUCUCCUUCUAUCUACCAAUGAUGAACGUUCUGUAUUAAAGAUUGCAGAUUUUGGAUUUGCAAGAUCGUUGCAACCAAAGGGCCUUGCAGAAACUUUGUGUGGUUCACCUCUUUAUAUGGCACCAGAGAUCAUGCAACUUCAGAAGUAUGAUGCUAAGGCAGAUCUCUGGAGUGUUGGUGCAAUACUGUUUCAGCUUGUGACUGGAAAAACCCCAUUCACUGGGAACAACCAAAUGCAGUUGCUUCAGAACAUUGUAAAAUCGACAGAGUUGCAGUUUCCUCCUGAAAGUAGGGAUCUAAGCUUUGACUGCAAAGAUUUGUGCCAGAAGUUACUUCGCCGUAAUCCAGUUGAACGUUUGACUUUUCAAGAGUUCUUCAACCACUCAUUUCUGUCCCAGAAGCAGCCAGAUGGUUUGUUGAGAAGUAGCAAGUUUUCAAGAACCUUGGAUAGUUUUCCUUCAUCAGAGUCUGAUCCCGUGAAGAAUGAAGAGGAAUUGGUUCAUGAUGAUUGUUUUCCCUUUUUUCUUGAUGAUGAUUGUAAUGGUUCAGUUAGGAGUCCAUCCUUUUCAAGUAGGAGGACCCCAACACAGUCGAUUCAGGGAUUAACUGAUCCAAAGAUUGAUAAGAGAGAAUUGCCAUCCGCUGCUUUUAGUUACAGACGAAAUUCAAGGGACAGUAGUAGCAGCAACAUGAAGAUAGAGAAUGAUAGCUUUAGGCCUGACACUUAUAGUAAUUCUGAUGCAAAACCAAACGAUCCUUUGUUGGACCAAAGACCAAUGAACAGUCGCUCAAGAGUCGCAGACUCAAUGGAGUUGAUUGAUGACUAUGUUCUAGUUCCUGGACCUCCUUUGGAUGUCUCAUCUUCCUCUCUUAGUGCUUCUAAGACAAGCCAGUUUCCAUUCAAAUCAGAUAGUCCACCUCAGGCAUCUCAUGAAGUGGCUUUCCCAUCAAGUGCCCCAGUUUCAAUUGGUCUUUUAAGGAGGGGUAAUAUUUACCAAAUGGGAAGCGUUGGAAGUUCUACUGUUGCUCGAGGGACUUCAUUUGAAUCCAUGGAUAAUGUAGAUGCCUUGGAAAGGCCAUCGUCUCACUGUAUGAUGAGAAUUAUGUUAUUGCAACAGUUCACAUCUAUCAUCAAGCAACUAGUGAAUAAAGAGAUGGAGAAGGAAAAGCAUUUGAAAGCAUUUUCAAUCCAGCUUGUGAUUCUUGCUAUAUGGAAACAAGCAUUGCACAUAUGCCAUACAGAGGCUGCAUCUGCUACGGAAGGAAGUCCCAGCCCAGUGACUGAUGCUUACAACACCUUAGGGCCGGAGGAGGUUUCCAUCCAUAUCGAGGGUGAAUUUCUUCGAGAAGUGGAGCAUGCUGAGGAACUUGCGAAGGUUAUUGAACCAGGAAGUAGAGAAAUGCCAUUGCCAGAUGCGAUGGAGGCAAUAUUUCAAUCUGCUCUUGAUCUUGGCAGACGUGGGGCUGUUGAAGAACUUAUGGGUAAUGCAGAUGCAAAAUCAUCGUAUUCAAAGGCUGUGCAGCUGUUACUCUUUCUUCUAGUGGAGGCGCCAUCACUUCACCUCAAUCCACCUUUCUCCCUCACUAACUCAGACCGAUAUAGGCUUCGUAAUUACAUUAAUAUGCUUAAGAACAGAAUUGAUUAAGGUCGGGCAUGGCUCUUCACAAAAGCGAAGACCUGCAAUGAGCCACAUAGCCAAUGAAAGUUACUUUACUCCCUCUCCCUAUUAACUUUGCUCCUGCUACGACACUGUAAAAUAAUUUAUCUGUACAGUUAUUCUUCAUGUGACCGGGGUAAAUUGGUAGGAGAGGAUUUGUAAAUAGGCUGGAGGAUGAAAAAUUCUCAAGUUCUGUGCAGAAAUUAGCAAAAUGCCUUCACUUGUUUUCAUAGGAGGUGUUUCAGCCAGUCAUUAUAUUCCUUUAAGAUUCAGAGAGUUUUGUCAUUGUAUAUACCACAAUUUGACUUGUCCCACUAAAUUUCCACUGGACAAUGAUGUGAGGGUUACUCUGUUGAGCUCUCUAUCUUUGGAAUACUGCACCUGACAAAAA